UCGAGGAAGCUACGAAAGCGACCGAGACCGCGCCCGCCGCGCACGUCAGCUGCCUGGCAAGAGCCAAGAGAGCAGCAGCUAAGCAGAGGCGCCCGGAGCCGCCGCGCGGCAGGCAGGACAGGAGCAAUGACGCGGAAGCCGCCACCGGAGCCGCGGGGCGGGGCCGCGGCGCAGCUGAAGCGCGGGCCGUGGACGCCGGAGGAGGACGACCUGCUGGCGCGGUACGUGGCCCGGGAGGGGGAGGGCCGGUGGCGCACGCUGCCUCGGCGCGCCGGGCUGCUGCGGUGCGGUAAGAGCUGCCGCCUCCGGUGGAUGAACUACCUCAGGCCGGACAUCAAGCGCGGGCCCAUCGCCGCCGACGAGGAGGACCUCAUCCUCCGCCUCCACCGCCUCCUCGGCAACCGGUGGUCGCUGAUCGCCGGGAGGCUGCCGGGGCGCACGGACAACGAGAUCAAGAACUACUGGAACUCGCACCUCAGCAAGAAGCUCAUCGCGCAGGGCAUCGACCCGCGGACGCACAGGCCGCUGGCCGCAGCGGGCACCUCCCACAGCGACGCUGCUGCUGCUGCUCCUGCCGCUGACAAGACGCCGCCAGUAGUCGAGCCGUCGGUGACGCCACCGCUUCCUGCGGAUCCAAGCCCGUCUUCCGCCGUUGGCGAUGGAGGCGGUGACUUCGCAGCGAUGAUGAGCCUCGACGCCGAGGGCUUCGAAGGGUUCGGUGACCAGUUUCAAGCCGUGGAUGCUGCUCGUAGCGGCUUCGACUUGGGCUGCGCCAUGGUAGACGACGACACCUUCUCCUCGUUUCUCGACUCGUUGAUCAACGAGGAUCACUUUGUCGAUUACUUCGGCGAUCACAAGGAUGCUGAUGGUCAGAACGAUCAGGGUGGCGCUAACUGAUGCAUACUUCUGA